AGAAAGUGCCACUGCGAGGGACUAAAGCAGCAGAAAUGCAAAUGCUAGCACUUCUUUUAUGUUUUAUGUUUUCACUUUCAGCUGCCUUUUACUUCCAUGUAGGGGAACGAGAGGAGAAAUGUAUAAUAGAAGAUAUUCCAAGUGACACAUGGAUAACAGGAACAUUCAAGGUUCAGCAAUGGGACAUAGGCAGACAGAAUUUCCUUGACUCUGCUCCUGGUUUGGGGAUGUUUGUGACUAUUACAACUUACAACGAUGAGGUAUUAUUAUCAAAGUUAUUUGGUGCACAAGGGACAUUCUACUUUACUUCACAUUCACCUGGUGAACACAUCAUUUGCUUAGAAUCUAAUUCUACACAGCUUGUAUCCUUUGGAGGGAGUAAGCUGCGUAUCCACUUAGAUAUUCGAGUUGGAGAACAUGACCUUGAUGCAGCAAUUGCUCAGGCAAAGGACAAAGUUAAUAAAGUUACUUUCAAGCUUGAACAUCUAAUUGAACAAAUUGAGCAAAUACUCAAAGAACAAAACUAUCAAAGGGCUCGUGAGGAAAGUUUUCGAAUGACCAGUGAAGAUACAAAUAAUAAUGUUUUAUGGUGGGCUUUUACACAAAUAUUAAUCUUUAUCGCAGUUGGAAUUUUUCAAAUGAAACACCUUAAAAACUUCUUCAUAGCUAAGAAGCUUGUUUAAAAUGUUUCUGAUAAAAGCAAAUAAUCUGCAUAAAUUAUUCUUGUGAAUGAAGUAUU